AUGAUCCUAUUUGGUGAAUUACUAGGGCAGAAACUUGUUUUGGUGGUUAAAAUACUAGUACAGAAGUUGAGGCUCACUGCAGUGGGCACGUGGGAUCAACUAAGUGGAAGUAUGAGUGACAUGGUUUGGGGUGUGACAGUAGGAAAAUCCUUUCCACUGGCUGAAUUGAAAGAAUAUGGUCAGUCAAGAGUGACUCUGCAAAGAUGGCUUUCAGGUUGUGGUUACAAGGAUAGGUGUGCCAAUUGCUGUAAUAAUGAGAUAAAGCUGUGGAAGAGUCUGUAUGACUUCCCACAGAGCUUUGUCAGCAAUAAUCUUUCAGUUGAUGUUUCUCUUACUCAUGAUGAUGAAGACUUGAGUGCAUGGGAGUCUGAAGCAAAUAGAUGGGCAAAAAUGCUUUUCCUUGCUACCAAGGAGGAGCAUCUCCUGGAACCUAUUUUUGUGCUUCGCAGAGCAAGAGGAAGAACAGUUAGUAAUAAUGCCAGAGCAAAUAUAGCGAAUGCCUUACCUGGUGUUGUUGAUGAUUCUGGUUUCAUUGAUGACAUCUCUGAGAAGCUUUCUGAUGAAUUUCUAUAUUUAUUGCAUGAUCUGGUUCAGUUUGCCAAGCAAUCUUGUUCUGUUUUCUGGUCUGGUGUUGUUACAGAGGACACUGUACUGCCUGGUGCAGUGAGAGGAAAACUUGGAGGCCCUAGUCAACGAAGGUUGUCAGUUUCUGCUACCACUGCUGUAUUGCAGGCAAUGAUGUCAGUAAAGGCUAUAUCAUUGAUCUUCUUGUGGUGUAACCAAAUCAGAAGAUAUGCUCCACAUAACUCUGCUUUCACUUUUAUGUGGCAAUUCUUCUGGAGGACUACUAGGUGUUCAACUUCUUGCUCAGAGAUGGGAGCUGAAAUUUCCCUUGCAGCAUAUGAAGCAUUAGUUUCUGUUCUCAAAGUUCUUGCUUCAACGUUCUUUCCUCAUUCUCUUGAUCUUGUUGAUGAAAGUGAGCAAUUGUUUUCAGAGACAGAAGGAAGACCUCAGUUAGAUCAUGUGUGCCUGUCUUUUAUUCAAAAUAUCAAUGAUCUCCUUGGUUCAGGAGUUUUGGUUAGAAGUAGAAGGGCUGUUUUAUUGGAUAUAAAGUGGGCGUGCCUAGAAUCUUUGUUGUCAAUUCCAUCAUGUGCUCUCAAGAAUGGGUUUAAUUUGGAGGGAAACCACACAUUCUUCUCAAAUGACACUCUAAAAUGCAUUUUUGGUGAUCUUGUAGAGAGCCUUGAAAAUGCUGGAGAAAGUUGUGUUUUACCCAUGCUGAGAUCACUCAGAAUGCUAUUUGAGCUGGUUGCCAAAAUGAUGUGGAAUUUGGUUCGUUCCUCGUGGAUAUUGCAUAUAAGCUGUAAUAAACGAAGGGUUGCAUCAAUUGCUGCUCUUUUGUCAUCUGUUUUGCAUCCUUUGGUAUUUAAUGAUGAGAACAUGCACCAAACAGACAAUGCACCUGGACCCUUGAAGUGGUUUAUUGUAAAUCUUCUUGAGGAGGGCACAAAGAGUCCUCGUACAAUUCGUCUUGCAGCAUUGCACUUAACAGGAUUAUGGCUCUUAAAUCCUAGGAUUAUAAAGUUUUACCUGAAGGAGCUCAAGUUGCUCUCUCUCUAUGGAUCAGUUGCAUUUGAUGAAGAUUUUGAAGCGGAACUUGCUGACAACAAUGAUGCUAGACUGGAAGUGUCUAUACUAGCCAGUAGUCCUGAUCCUGAGCUGACUGAAGCAUUUAUUAAUACAGAGUUGUAUGCACGCGUAUCAGUUGCUGUUCUGUUUUACAAGUUGGCAAACUUGGUUAGAAUGGCAGGGUCACCAAAUGAAGAUGCAGACUGUAUUGCGGCACAAGCAUCUGGCAAAUCAUUUCUACUAGAGCUUCUUGACUCUGUGGUGAAUGAUAAAGAUCUUGCAAAGGAGUUAUACAAAAAGUACAGUGCUGGUGCCAUGUAUUCUGAUGAUAGCAACUGUGACCUUUUGUUUCUCUGUAACCGGAAUUAUACUGGCCAGCCUUAUGUCUCUGAGAAUGUCUCUAAAGAUUUUCUAAUUCCAAUGAUUCAUAGACGCAAAAUACGUGCGUGGCAAAUAAUAUGUGUAUUGUCACCUUUUGUUGAGGAAGAUAUGGUUGGGAAAAUUGUAGAAUACUUGUACAUAUCUCUUAAUAGAAAUAACUUACCUGCUGUUCGACAAUACUUAGAGACAUUUGCAAUCAACAUUUACUUGAAGUUUCCAUCUCUUGUCAGCCAGGUUAAGGAACGAUUAGUCCCCAUAUUGCGGGAUUAUGACAUGAGGCAACAGGCAUUAUCUUCAUAUGUGUUCAUAGCAGCUAAUGUCAUCCUCAACUCAUCAAAAGAUGUUCAAUCUAGUCAUUUGAAUGAAUUGUUUCCUCCUCUAGUUCCAUUGCUAACAUCACAUCAUCACAGCUUACGUGGUUUUACGCAGUUACUUGUAUAUCAAAUUCUACAUAAACUGUUUCCAUUGUUGAAUUAUGGACCUUCUGAGAUUCUACCUUUAGAGAAGAGGUGCUUUGUAGAUUUGAAGACAUACCUUGCAAGAAAUUCUGAUUGUGCACGCUUACGAACAUCAAUGGAAGGAUAUCUUGAUGCUUAUGACCCAACUAGCUCUGUCACACCUGCUGGAAUUUUCAUUAAUCGAGUUGAGAUUUGUUUAUUCUCUCUCUUUUUUGGUGUGAAGGAGGAUGGUUUUGAAUGUGUUCCAACAUCCCUCAUGGAGCAGGAUGCUCGGGAAGACCUACGAUGUUCUAUGGCAAAGGAUCUGGUGACAAUCAGGAAUGAGACUCUCAAUUUCCAUGGGGAUAAGAACAGCGUGGAAAAUACAUCUGGUGGCAUUGAAGGAACCAUGCCGAAAGAUAUUUCUUCAGAUUUCCAGAAGAAGGUUACUUUUGCCAAACAUGACAAGGGGGACAAUGCAUCUGGUUUCCUUUAUGGAAAUGACGAAACCUACAAAAAGAUGGCUGAGAUAGAGAGGGAUGAUCUCCUUCUUGACCAAUUGUUGCAGUCAAGAAGAUCAUCCAUAGAUCAACAAAAAGCAAGUCGACAGAAUUUUAUCCUUGUUGCAUCAUUGCUUGACCGCAUACCCAAUCUUGCUGGUUUGGCUCGUACAUGUGAGGUAUUUAGGGCAUCGGGGCUGGCCAUUGCUGAUACAAAAGUCACGAAUGACAAACAGUUCCAACUAAUCAGGUUUUGA